CAAACUUAGAUAUCAAUUUUCAGGGGUCGUAGAAACAAGGGUCAAAUUGAAAUAAAUGUGAUUUAAAUCUCACUUAAUAUUCUGUUCAAUUUUAUUUACAAUCUUAUGGAAACUUAAGUAUGUCUUACAAGUGGAGAAUAUCGUAAAUUUGGCUACCUAGUAGUAGUCAACGUAUUCGUUAAGUGACAAAAUUAUUAUACAAUAACACGAUGGUUUCGACGGCGCUGCUUCAAGAAAAGUAUAACAAAAUUAGAAAUAACUUCUGUUUUUAUCUGGAUAUACAAGAAUCCGCUAUGUGUCGAUCACUCUCCCGCAGAUUACAGGAUAUGGGUUUACAUCAGGAAGUAUUUCUGACUCCUCGGGUGACACAUGUAAUAUUGGACCAUAAACCAAGCACCGCCGCAUCGAGAUGGCCGCGGCGUGAGGGCCGUGCUCGCGUCGAUGCGAUGCUUGAGAGACUGCGUGCACAUUCGCCACCUAAACCAGUGAACCAUAACUACAUAGAACUAACAGUGCAGAAGGCUAUAAAUCUAUUGGAUAAACUAUAUGAUACAUUCUUCACUCAACGUAAAGCACACAUCAACUACUUCAGUAAACAUUUUAUCAAGAUUGAAUUUUUGGACAAUUUGUACAGACCUGUAUACAAGGAAUUCGAUGAGUGGCCUCAAAUCUCACUAGAACCAGAUCCUGCAAAGGAAAAGAAAAAGUUGACUGAAAAUAUUGUCGAAAUUCCCACCAACAACAAUAUUGGUUCAAAAAUGACAAGAAAAAGCAGACCUCGUAUCAAAGAAAGAGAAAUAAAAGAGGAAAAGGGUGGCUAUUGUGAAAUGUGUAAUGUGGACUACGCUGAUGCUACCCUACAUAGAAGAUCUCCACAUCACUUGGCAUUUGUGAGGGAUCAUGCCAAUUUCUUAUCUUUAGACUCACUGAUUACAUCAGGAACAGAUGUCAAUACUUUUCUAGACAAAGCAACACCAGUAAAUGGUGAAAGAAGAUCACUGAGAAAAUUAUGUAAUGGUGAUGCAGAACCAAAGAAUAGGCGAUCAAAAAGGUCACAAUCACCAGAGACAGUCAAUGGUAAUGUAAGCCCGAAACGGAAUGGUGGUAUUGAAGAAGAAAAGAAACGUAAUACAAGAUGUAGUAAGAAAGCCAGUGAAUCCACACAAUCUGAAGAUCGUCAAUACUAUAAAGUUGUUGGAGUAAGUACUAAGUUAAGAUCAAGUGGAGGUUUCACAAAGAAAAGAGAAUUACCACCCUGCAAUGGAACAAAGCCGUUGGUGGUAAAAAUCAGAAAAGUACGCCGGUCUGAACUGUCAGUACUAAGUGAUGAAGCAGAACAGUUUAUGUUUCCUAAAAGAGCCAGUUCAACUAGUUCCACUUCAUCAGAUGAAGAACCUGUGGUUCCAGCAAAGACUAGAAAGAAGACCUCACCCCAACAACCACCUCCUGAGAGGCAGAGAUUAGCAAGACCUGUGGCAUUAAAGGAAGAAUCUUCAGAGGAAGAUAUGAUAUGGCCCGAGGAUCAUAGGAAAAAACGACGUGUUCCUCCAGUUGUAAAACGAGGGAGACGGAAAUAUGUGCGACAGCCACCUAGUAAACCACCAGAACCACAAGAACCAGAUCCACCACCAAUUAAAAUAGAAACUCCAUUAGAACCAGAACCACCUCCACAACCUGAGCCACCUGUUGAGCCAGAAGUGAGUCCUUUACGAGAGGAACCAGUAGAGAAGUGUAUGAAAUGGGAAGAUGGAAGAUUAAAAUAUACUCCAGCAGUGGAACAGCUUGAGUUUGCAUUUGAAUCUGUACCCCACAGUGAGCCAUGGUUUAGUACAUUUAAGCGGCAAGAUCAGGACAAGGUUGUGGCUAAGAAUGUUCCUCAGUUUUUUGCACUUUAUUCAAAAUCGCCAAAGUUACCCUAUGAAAUUGGUCAGUUACCACCACUUAAACCAAAUUGCUGUCCCUUGAGUGACUUGGUGAAAAGAGAAGGAAAAGAAAAACCCGGACCUUCGCGUGCUUAUGGGACUAGAGGUAUGAAGAAGCAAAGAAUGAGGAAACGAACUGCAGCUAUAUUAGCUAUGGAGAGCCAUCCACGCAAAUCACCUAGAGAACAUGCUUCAACAUUAGCGAUUUUAGGCUCUGCUGGCUUGUUACACCGCAGCAAAAAUGUAGAUGAUGCUAAAUCUACAGCUUCUGAAGAUACAUUAAGUGAAACACUCUCUAAACCUGAACCAGUUCUUACAGAAACACAAGAAACUUCAGAAAGACUGCAACAAUUUUUAUCUGAGGUUUUUGAAGAUGAAUCUGAUUAUGAUGUCUCUGAAGAUGUAAUGGAGAAUGAAAUCUCUGUGAUUACAUCAAAAGAAAUUCCAGACUUCUCUAGUUUAGUAUCUGAAUGUGAAAAAUGUGAUCUUAUUAGUAAUGAAAUUAGACAGGAUACAGUAAAAACCAGAGAGAGACGAGGCAAAUUUAAGAAAAAGAAUAGAACUGGCUGGCCUUCAAAGAAAAAUAAAAAUAAAUCCUCUAGAAAUAGCAGCAUAGAUGACAAAGUUGACAGUUUGGACCGUUCCUCAGCAGAUCUAGAAACUCUUAGUGAAGCUGAUGAAAAUAAGUCUGAAAGUGAAGAAAUUGUAAAGGAAACUAAGAUAGACGAGCUUGAGUUACCAUGUCCUAUGGAUAUUGAUAGUAGGUCUAAUGAUAAGAGUGUAUUAGAAAAUGACAAAAGUAUACAUGAAAAUAAAGAUAGCCUAUCACCAAGUUCUGAAAAAAGAACAUCAUCAGACAGUGAGGAGAAAGUAGAAAUUAAGAAGAAAACGCGUGCGUUACAGGGCUUGUGUGAUUGGCUGCCUGUAGUAAGAGUGGCAAGGGUUGACCCAAAUGCAUCUCGAAGACUUAGAUCUGCUGGUAGAGUCCGAUCAAGCAAGUUGAGAUAGCAUUAUCUGCAGACUAGAUUGGGCUAAACUCUAAGGACUAGGACAAUUGUGUUUUAGAUGUUUCAUCCCAUUUCAUUCUUGAACAAGUGUGAUGCAAUUGACUGGUAAAUAAAAAAUAGAUCACAUUUGACACCUCAUCAAAAUUCAUUCAUUCAACAAGUUCAAAACAAAUUUAAUUUUUUGUACUUCACAAGUUGGUACUGCACAAUACUUUGCUGCUACACAAUACUGCUUUACUUUAUACAGUUUAUUUAUUAACUUUUUAGAUUACAUAUUGUAAUAGUGACAAUAGAAGUUCAUUUUAGGAUUUUCACUAAUUAACCAUUUUUACUAGUACCUUUAGUUCUAAAGAGAUCUGAAUUCUGAACAUUGUUACAAUAGACACGGGAUAUUAUGCAAAAAAUCUAAAGUUUAUACGUAGAAUUCAAAUGCAAUUGAUUAACUUUUGAAUGAAAUAUUUCAUCAUAAAUUAUAUUUUUUGUUACUAAGACUUAAGGUACUAUUUCAUGUUCAUAACUGAAUUUGGUUCACAUAUGAUAAAAGUCUGUAUUGACUUAUUUGCUUUAAUUAAUGUAUUAAGCAGGUCAUGUCACUGAAGCCAAGCCUGACAGAUGUCAAAUGUGAUCAGUAAUCUAUUAAAUUGCUAGACUACUACUAUAAUGCUAGAAAUUAUCUUCAACAAAGCAUUACUUCAAAAUACACUAAAUUCCAUGCAUUUUAAAUGGUAAUUUAUUAAUAAAAUAAAAACUAGGAUUUACCAAUCAUUUGCCUCAUACUUUAACAAGUACAAAGUCUAAUUCACUUAAAACAAUUAAUGACUGUGUAGACAAUGAGUGUGAGCUACACAUUUUGAUCUCUGACAUAUCUGCUGUAACAACAUUUUAAAAUUCUCCAGGUUAUUUUUUACCUCAUAAAAUAUGGUAAUUGAAAACAAAACAAUAUUAGAUUGCUAGUAAAAAAAUUACUUACAAAAAUUUUCACCACCCAUAACCUAUGAUAGUAGAUAUGUCCAAUUCCUAUCAGACUUGAUGAGUAUUUGGCCAUUUUUCAUCCUGAAGCAUUCCAUUAACAUCUAAAACUAUCCUAUAUAAUUUAUUUAAAUGGAUAAUUUAUUUUGUAUGUUUCAGUAUCAGAAUGUUUAUUUAGUUUGAGAGAUUCAGUAUUUAUGAAUGAGGCUGAAGGCAGUCAUGUAAAUAAUUUGUAUAGAUUGUACUUGUACAGAUUUUGUUAUUUAGUUAUUGUAUGAAGAGUGGCGAAGCGAGCUUACUCUAUACAUAAAUGUUUUCAUAUGCUUAAAA